AUGCCUCCCAAAGCCGCUGCUGAGAAGAAGCCCACCACCGCUGGCAAGGCCCCAGCUGGCAAGGCUCCCGCUGAGAAGAAGGAGGCCGGCAAGAAGACCGCCGCUGCUCCCUCAGGCGACAAGAAGAAGCGUGGCAAGACCCGGAAGGAGACCUACUCUUCGUACAUCUACAAGGUCCUCAAGCAGGUUCACCCCGACACUGGUAUCUCCAACCGUGCUAUGUCCAUCCUGAAUUCGUUCGUCAACGAUAUCUUCGAGCGCGUCGCCACUGAGGCCUCCAAGCUUGCUGCAUACAACAAGAAGUCCACCAUCUCCUCGCGAGAGAUCCAGACCUCCGUCAGACUCAUCCUCCCCGGUGAGCUGGCCAAGCACGCUGUCUCUGAGGGCACCAAGCUGUCACCAAGUACUCAUCUCAGUCAAAGUAAGCUGAUGCAAGUCAUUGCAUUGCUGCUUUCGAUUUUGGGUUCUGGGUUUUUCAUCAUGCAAUGGGGUUGUGGCACAUGGGAACAAUGA